UGAAUAUGGACUAUCCGGGCGCGAGUCAAGACAUGCUUUUCCAAUCUGAUUACAUACAUAAACAUCGUGGACACUGCAUGGGAUGCAGUGACACUGCAGGGACUGUAUGCAAAUCCGCUCUCACCGCAUCAUGCAGCGAUACCCUGUGCGAUGAGAGACAAUUAGUCACUCGAUAUCGGUUGGAGGAGGCCGCUAACUCAGGCAGCAAAAUCCCGGAUCUUAGUAUACAUAUCGGGUCCAUUGGUACUGGGAACGCCGUCAUAAAGUCAGCUCGGCAUAGAGAUCAGCAUGCACAAUCAGAGGGUAUCAUUGCUUUUGAGAUGGAGGGGGUUGGUGUUUGGGACAAAUUUAACUGCCUUGUCAUCAAAGGCGUUUGUGACUAUGCAGAUAGCCAUAAAAGCAAGGUCUGGCAGGAUUAUGCGGCUGCUUCUGCCGCCGCGGUUGCAAAAGAGGUUUUGAAGCAAUAUGUGAUGCCACAAAAGCUGCCACAGAAAACGAUUCCCAACGACUCGGUUCGGGAGCUCUUUUCCCCCUCCAGACAAGACAGUUUCCGAGAUGUUCACAGUUUUCAUAUGUUGACACCAAGAUAUUCCUUUGAUAGUGCUAUCAAUGAUCUUGAGGAACACUCUGUAAAAGAUCCGUAUAACAGACACGCUCAGCAACGAAUUUUAGCCAGUCUCCAGUUUCCCCAAAUGCAAGAACGCGCACAGAAGAUUGAAGCAGCCCACGAGCAAACAUAUGAGUGGGUUCUACGAUCCCAGGACAAAAAUGUGCACACGUGGGAUGACCUGGUCACAUGGCUGUCGUCGAGCACCGAAACAAGAUGGAUUUACUGGAUAUCCGGUAAACCUGGGUCCGGGAAGUCUACUCUAAUGAAGUUUUUGGGAGAGAGGCUUGAUGUCCAAGAACACAUGCUCCCAUGGGCUCAGGGCUGCUCUGUAAUCCGGGCGUCUUACUUCUCUUGGAGCCCGGGGAAUGUACUACAAAAAUCUUUGGAAGGUCUUCUGCGUUCUUUGUUGUUGCAAAUUCUUAAACAGAAACCGGGUCUGAUGUCAGAGGUAAUUGAUGAUAUGAGAUGGAGCGCCGCGCAAAUGCCUUCAACCACGCUAGCUGAUUGGAACAACUUGGAACUAUUUUCUUCUCUUCAAAGGUGCAUUUUUAGUCUACAGAAUGUCUUCAUCAGAGUUCUGUUCUUUGUUGAUGGGCUCGACGUAGUAAUGGCGGCAAUCAUGCCAUAUCUCAUCCAUGGCACAGAGAACAGCGUUGGUUUCGCGGGGUAGCGCACAUAUUAUCGCUAUUUCGAAGCCAUCACGGCUCAGCGGACGGUAUUGAGAGUUGUUCAUAGCAGUAAGCGUAGGCUCGGGGAAUCUAUCCCAUAUAUUCAAGGAACUGGGUAUAUCCAUAAGGUUGAAUUGUGUUGACAGCUUAUCACUUUCCAAGCAACAGGUCGUGACUUAAUCUCGUGCCGAACAUGUGUUGCUGCAGCAAGCGGGAAGAGUAAAAGAAGACUACUUAUUG